AUGCGAUUACGUUUAACCUUUCUUUUUCGUCAAAGGUUUACAUCUCAAAUAAUUACAACUAGUUUGACAGGUGGAUUAAUUGCAGGUUAUUUAUUUUCAAAAUAUAAACCAAUUGUUCAUGCAGAAACAGAUAAAUCUAUUAUUAUUGGAGAACGAAUUCCAACAUUACCAACUUAUAGUAUGGCUGAUGUUGCUAAACAUACAACAAAAGAGAAUGGUUAUUGGCUUGCCUUUAGAGAUGGUGUUUAUGAUAUAAGUUCAUUUGUUGAAAGUCAUCCAGGUGGUAAACAAAUUUUGAAAACUGUUGAACAUUAUCGAAUAGGAAAUUUACCACUAGGCGAACGAGAAGCUAAUGAAAACAAUCAAGAAGAAGUUAUUGAUUUAUUUCAAUAUGAUCCUGAACGAUUAAAUGCAAUAGAAAAUUUUUUUAUUCGUUCAGAAAAACCUUAUAAUGCUGAAACAAAACCUUCUAUGCUUAUUUCAUCAUUUUUAACACCUGUUGAAAAAUUCUAUAUAAGAAAUCAUAUGCAUGUACCAUUUGUUAAUAUUAAUCAAUAUAAAUUAGAAAUUGGAAAUGAAAAAUCAACUUAUUCAUUAUCAUAUGAUGAUUUAAAAGAUAAAUAUCAAUCAUAUACAAUAACAUCAGCUUUACAAUGUGCUGGUAAUCGUCGUAAUGGAAUGAAUAAUGAACAACAAGGAACAGUACAAGGUACACAAUGGUAUGUUGGAGCUAUUGGAAAUGCUCGUUGGACAGGUGUUAAAUUAAGUGAUGUUUUGAAAUCAUUUGAUCUUGAUAAAGAAGGAAAACAUAUUCAAUUUUUUGGUCUUGAUUGUGAUACAUCACAAAGAUGUUAUGGUGCAUCAAUUCCAAUAGAAAAAGCACUUAAUGAUGAUGUAUUAAUUGCAUAUAAAAUGAAUGAUGAAAUAUUAACAAGUGAUCAUGGUUAUCCAUUACGUAUAUUAGUACCGGGUAUAGUUGGAGCACGUAGUGUUAAAUGGGUUAAUCGAAUUAUUGUUUCGGAUAAAGAAGCUGAUAGUCAUUGGCAAAAAGCUGAUUAUAAAGUUCUUCCAUCAUCUAUAAAACAACCACAACAAAUUGAUUAUGAUAAUGUACCUGCUAUACAAGAAUUAAAUGUUCAAUCAGCUAUUUGUUAUCCAGCAUCGAAUGAUGAUGGAAAUAAAAUUAAAAUUUUAUCAGUUAAACCAAAUGAUGAUGAUAUUAAAAAUAGAAGACUUACAAUUAAAGGUUAUGCUUUAAGUGGAGGUGGAAGACAAAUACAUAAUGUACAAAUUAGUCUUGACCAUGGAAAAACAUGGUUACAAACUGAACUUGAACAACUUGCACAACCAUAUAUGCGUGCAUGGUCAUGGACUUUAUGGACUUAUCAUAUACCUUUUAAUGAUAUACCUUCUAAACCAUUUGAUAUUAUUUGUCGUGCAAUGGAUACUCAUACGAAUUCUCAACCAGAUACUCCAUUAGGAAUAUGGAAUAUACGUGGUCUUAUGAAUAAUGCUUGGCAUAAAAUAAGUUUACAAAUUGAUGAGAAUUUUUUAAAAGAAAAAAAAUUCAAAUGA